GGGCGUGGCCGCGUCGAGGGCAGGGACUGCUGCGAAGUGAGUCGCGUCCUGAGGUGGGACGGCUGCCGAACCGGACCGCGCCAGGUUGACCCCCCCCCCCACUCCUGCCGCCUCGGGGUGUAGCCGUUAACGUUCGUGUUGCUGCUGCCGCCGCCGCCGCCGCCAACGUUGUCAUGCCUCUCUUCGCCGCCAACCCCUUCGAGCAGGAUGUGGAAAAGGCUACAAAUGAGUGCAACACUGUUGAAGAUUGGGCAGUUAUUAUGGAUAUUUGUGACAAGGUUGGAAGCACUCCUAAUGGAGCAAAAGACUGCCUCAAAGCCAUUUUAAAGAGAGUAAAUCAUAAAGUACCCCAUGUUGCGCUGCAGGCACUAACUCUGUUGGGAGCCUGUGUAUCAAAUUGUGGAAAAAUUUUUCACUUAGAAAUCUGCUCACGUGACUUUGCCAGUGAAGUGCGUGUCAUAAUAAACAAGGCACACCCUAAAGUAUGUGACAAAUUAAAAGCUUUAAUGGUAGAAUGGUCAGAAGAAUUUCAGAAGGACCCCCAGUUCAGCUUAAUAUCAGCCACCAUUAAAUCUCUUAAGGAAGAAGGGGUUGUGUUUCCUACAGCUGGGACACAGAGUCCCUCAGCUGCUGCCAAGAAUGGUGCAUCAUCAGGCAAAAACAAAGAAGAAGAAGAUAUAGCUAAAGCUAUUGAAUUAUCUUUGCAAGAACAGAAGCAGCAGCAGCAAACCGAGACAAAAUCUUUAUACCCAUCUGUAGACGUUCAGCAUAGCCAUCAAAAGCUCUCAAGAAAAGUGCGAGCCUUGUAUGAUUUUGAGGCAGUCGAGGAUAAUGAACUUACCUUUAAGAGUGGCGAUAUUAUUGUUGUUUUGGAUGACAGUGAUGCCAAUUGGUGGAAAGGAGAACAUCACAGAGGAAUAGGAUUAUUCCCUUCUAACUUUGUGACCCCUAAUUUAAAUGAUGAGCCUGAGACAGUGCCUAUAGACAAGGAUGCUUCUGAAGACACUACUGAAAUUACAAAACCUGAGCCAGAGCCAGUGUACAUAGAUGAGAAUAAGAUGGAUAAGACACUGCAGUUACUUCAGAGCAUAGAUCCAACAGAUCCUAAAUCUGAUUCUCCUGAACUUCUGGAUUUAGAAGAUGUCUGUCAACAGAUGAGUCCCAUGAUAGAUGAAAAGCUAGAAGAAAUUGAUAGGAAACAUUCAGAAUUGUCCGAACUAAAUGUGAAAGUGAUGGAAGCUUUGGAACUCUACAAUAAAUUAAUGAAUGAAGCUCCUAUGUAUUCUACAUACUCAAAGAUACAAACGGCACAGUAUGCACCCACGGCAGCCAAUGUUCCAGUGCAGUCAUAUCCCAUCCAUCCUCACAGUGGGAAUUAUGUGGUCCAUGGUAUGCCUCAAAGCUACAAUCCAGGAAACGAUCAGAUUGGUCCACUGAGGUCUUUGCCUCCAACCGUGAAUUCCUCAGUAUCAUCUCAGCCCGCUCCGACCUACAUGAGCCCUGGUCUAGAUUCUGUGUCAGGUUCUACUUACAUGAACCAGAAUUCUUGCCUCCCGCCCACUGGUCCCGUUUCUUAUGCCCAGCCGAUGGGCAUGCCGGUGGAUAUGCUAGCCUACCAGAACACUGCAUCCAGUUUGCCUCAAGGUCUGUGCUAUCCAGCAGUUCCCACUCAUUCACUUCCACAGCAGCAAACAAAUUAUCACCAGCAGCCUCUCCUGUGAAAAUGCAGAGUUGGAACCUGGGAACCAUUUUGGAUGUUGCUGACCCGUAAUCUUUUAAAUUGUCCUUCCAUUGAUUUAAAAAGAUACUUCUGCUGAAGGGAACAGACAACUAAGCAAUUUCAAAGUAAAUGUUAAUUCAGGCUUAACUGUUUUUCUGCAUAGCUGUUUAAACUAGGUGAGCUGCGGUUGUGUUUUUUAAAAAAAAGCUUUCCAAUCCUGACUUCUGUAAUAUUCUGUGUGUGUCUCCUCGCUAUUUAUAAAAAUGCUACUUCAAUUUUUCCCUUGUAAGAGAAGCUUGGAAACAAAGCUGAUAUAUGCAACUCCCCCUGUUUGUUCUUUCGAGACUUUGGGAACAUGGUAAUUGUUUUUUAAUGGAAGCCUUACAUUUGAAGUGCUUUCUUUGAAACUCAGUUUGAUUAGUUAGUUUGGAUUUUGGUUUACACCCUUUUGAGAUCAUAAUCUUAACAAGAUUGCCUUUUGAGAUUAUACAAUAGAGUCGUUAUGAACCUGAGAGGAUAACUUACACACACACACACACACACACACACACACACACCCCACAACGUCAGAGAAGUUAAUAUUCUCUAUCUGAAGAUGGAGAAUUUAAAGAGUGCAUUUGUAACUUCAUAGAUUUCCUAACACAAAUGGACCUGAUCAAAUCUGGAUCAGUCUUUUCUCUCUGUUCUCAUUCCCUGGCAUUACUGAAUGUUUACCUAUAUGAAGGAGAAGCUGAUAAUUAUGCUGUACUGUAGUCACAGCAAGGAUUUAUGUGCAGAGUUUUUUUAACCUUAACUGGUAAAAUGCGCAUUGUGUAAGGGAGUGCAAAAAGGGAUAUGGCAAUGUAUUUUU